CGUCUCGCACCUGUGAACUACCAGCUCAAGCGACAAACCCCCUACUAUAGAUCAUUCCUCGGUUAUUUUUGGCAACGUUGGGCCUAUUUGUCCCUCUAGCGGUAAACAUGAUGCAAGGGGAAGUGUGCGUGGGGAAGGUAAAAGUGUCGUUUUGGAUUCCUGGAAUUACAUCUCUCCCCUCCAGCUAGGAGAUAUAAAACACAGUUGAUCUAGUGCCUGGUGGAGCUCUCCAAUAGACAAAAGGGUUCUGGUUUCGAUUGUGCAUUCCCUGAGUGUGUCAUCAUACCAUCCAUACCAUUGUUUACCUUUGCCUUGCUAAUAGUUCUCAAUCAGUGUUCCCACAAUAGGACUGUGCUCUAGUGCUCUGGUUUCAUGUCCAAAGUUUGGAAGUUGCUCGUGGGUGAUUAGUGAAUGCUGAUGAGCUCCAUUGCCAUUGACAACCAUUGGUUACCAAUGGAAGAAGAGAGCUGGUCGACCAGCAGUGCCCUUUGCGUCGGAUAGUCGUGUUCAGUGAAAAUGAAGCAGAAUAUUGUAGUACAUGAUUUGUACUCUGCCAAGUAGAUGGCUCAGUCCUUGAUCGUGGUGUGGUGCAGUGUGUAAGAGCGACAGAGGGGAAAAAAAGCUCCAUUUUCAAGAGGAUUGUUUGUUUGUCCGUGUCCUCUGAAGUCGAAUCAAGUGUGUACGAGGGAAGCUCUCUUUUUGUAUAUUCAUCAUCUGAACAUUGAACACCAGUUGUUGGCUAUCUUCAGUUCUCCGUCCUCAGUCCUCAGUCCUCACUUAAUCAAGCUGAGGUUCAGUGGGAUUGCUCCCGUGUUCCAGUUUCUAUUUAGCUUCCAAUCAUCGGGUUUUGAUCUUUGGUCACCGAAGGCAAUAUCUCUGACUGCAAAUCAAGCUGAUACCAAGAAGAACGCAUCAUUUGAUUGAGAUAUGUGGACAGUGUCAUUGCGCAAUAGCAAGCAAUAUUUAGGCAACCUGGACGGAGCAAGGCCUCUUCAAACCUUGUCCUUGACCAGCCAAGACUACAAUUAUCAUGUUCACCUUCACCAACACUGAGUGGCUAGAGGCGUCGUUCCAAAAGCGAGAAUGCGUCAAGAUCAUACCGAGUUCCAAGGAUUCAAACAGAUGUUGCUGUGGGUUGCCCAUACAUGCCCACUCCAUUCCGUUGAUGGUCCCGGUGCCAGCCAAUGCUCGAGAUGGAACUUGCACUCCUAUUGAUCUCAUAGCUAAUCCCACUGAGCAUUGGAACCCUUCCAAACACACCGUUCCUUUACCAACCGAUGCAUAUGGCUGCAUCGACUUUCGAGGAGGAACACAAACCAACAAAGCGCAGUAUAUUCGCUUGUCGCACGACACUCGUCCAGAAUUAGUGUUGACACUUCUACUUCGUGAGUGGGGAUUGGAGAAGCCCAAAUUACUCAUCACUGUCAAUGGUGGCAAGGCCAAUUUCGAGCUUCAGCCCAAAUUGAAAAAGAGCCUUCGUAAGGGGCUCCUGAAGGCCGCCAAGACAACUGGGGCGUGGAUCUUCACCGGGGGUACCAAUACAGGAGUGACCAAACAUGUGGGGGAUGCACUCGUCACCGAGAAAAGUCCCAGGAUUAAAGGCGGUCGAGUGGUCUCGAUUGGAAUCACUCCUUGGGGGAUCAUUGAGAAAAGGAACGACUUGGUGGGAAAGAAAAUGGAUAUUCCAUUUCAUUCCAUGUCAGCACCCAGGUCCUCAAUUUUUCGACCAACUUUGGGGAAGUACAGGGCCAGUGAAAAACGUGUGCUCGAAUCAAAAUUAUUGCAAUCGAGGUUAGUGGGCUUAAACAAACAUCAUGCCUACUUUCUCAUGGUGGAUAAUGGCACCACUGGAAAAUAUGGAGCUGAAAUUGCUCUUCGGAGGAAGCUCGAAAAAUUCAUCUCAACCCAGAGACUCAGUGCCAAUUUCUACACUCCCUUGGUGUGUCUGGUGAUUGAAGGCGGAACCAAUACCAUCCGAGCUGUCCUGGAAUACGUCACCGACACGCCCCCAGUCCCUGUGGUUGUGUGUGAUGGAACAGGCCGAGCGGCUGAUCUCAUUGCCUUCGCUCACAAAUAUGCAGUGGAAGACGGUGGUCCUGGGCCUUUAGACGACAUGCAGGAACAAAUCAUUCAAACAAUUCAAAAGACAUUCAACGUGGCCCCAGAAUUGGCCGUCAAACUACACGGGGAACUGAUUCAAUGUGUUAAAAGAAAACAUCUGAUCACGGUGUUUCGUGUGAGUGGGGAACGGGUCGACGAUGAACUUGAUCAGGUGAUAAUGACAGCCUUAUUCAAGGCCAGACAUCUUUCGCCUGUUGAACAAUUGUCGUUGGCACUUACGUGGAACCGAUGUGACGUGGCACGGAAAGAAAUAUUCGUUUACGGUCAAGAAUGGCCCACGGGAUCGCUGGAUCAAGCCAUGUUGGAAGCUUUGGAGAACGACCGAGUGGAUUUUGUGCGACUUCUAUUGGAAAAUGGAGUCAACAUGAACAAGUUUCUCACCAUUGUGAACCUAGAGACGCUAUACAACAGUAAGAAGGGUCCGGCGAACACUCUCGAAUACUUGGUUCGUGAUGUCGUCCCCAAGAUGCCCAAGAACUACCAAUACUCAUUGAUUGACAUCGGGCUUGUGGUGAACCAACUGAUUGGCCAUGGCUUCCGGUCCAGCUACACUCGGAGGAAGUUCAGGUAUCGGUACGACGUUAGCAAAGGGCAAGGUCAGACUUCGCCAAUGAAACCGAAGGCCACGGUGAAGAUGAGGGCGCUCCACAAGACCAGUACUGACAUAAGCUUCAAGAUCCCAACUUUCUCCUUGCCGGCAUCUACUAUGGAAAGUCCCGAACACCAUCAGGACGACUUUCGGACGAGUGGAGGGUGUUUUGAUUACCCUUUUAGCGAACUAAUCAUCUGGGCUGUCCUGACCAAAAGGAAGGAAAUGGCCAAACUUAUGUGGAGGCACGGCGAACAAGCACUCUCAAAAGCUCUGGUGGCUUCCCGCUUGUGUCAAGCUAUGGCUAAUGAAGCUGCAGAUGACGACUUGGACGUUGAGAUCUACGAUGAGCUUACCAACUUUGGAAAGGAAUUUGAAUCUUUGGCUGUGGAUUUAUUGGACUACUGUUACCAUUUGGAUGAUGAUCUCACCCAGCACCUGCUGACCGCGGCCUUAGACAAUUGGUCUAGAAAGACUUGUCUCAGCCUGGCUGUGAUCGCUAAGAACUUGAGCUUCCUUGCUCAUCCAAUAUCCCAAGCCAUUCUGGCAGAUCUUUGGAUGGGUGGUUUGAGGAUGAGGAAGAACCCGGUGUUCAAAAUCAUCAUUGGUCUUUUCUUCCCGCCGUCGAUUGCCAAACUGGAAUUUAAAACUCGAGAGGAGCUCGAGCUGAUGCCUCAAACUGAGGAGGAACUUCAUGCCAUUGAAAUGUUGGGCACUGAGGAGUUUUUGUCCAUGUUCCAGUGGUUCAUGAAAGAUCGCGAGGAUUCGGAUUCCAACUCUUCCAAUUCUUCCAAUGCAACUUCAAGGCGGAGCUCGUUUCAUGCCCCUCCUGUCAUCGACAUCGAUUCGGAUUCCUCCCUAGAAUUGGGACGAUUUCGAGCCAAAUCGGACACAAUCCGGCGGGAAAUCCUAGAGUCCAUGAGCAACGGGGGUCAAAAUCUCGCCAUCAAUUCGCCUCAGAGCUCUCAGAAUAGCCCCGUGGAAGACGAAUCAGCCACGGAGGACAACAAAGAGGAAACCGAAGUUUGUCUCAACGACUACGGUACCACCACAUUUAAGAUUGAUAAUCCCACCGUGAGGAAGAAGACCCGUCCACUUCGGCUUAAAAAGAAGCUUUAUGAGUUCUACGCCGCACCAAUCACCAAAUACUAUUGUCAUUCGAUUGCUUACGCCAUAUUUUUGGUGGUUUAUACAUACAUUUGCCUGGUCCGGACGCCCAAGUUCCCCAACAUUCCCGAGUGGUACGUGGCGGCAUGCCAAGUGUGUUUCGGCUGUGAAAAAAUUCGUACAUUCCUGAUUACUGAACCGGUGGAACUUCGACUUAAGUUGGACGUUUGGAUCUCAGAAACCAAGUGGAAUGUUUUCGACUCGGUAGCCGUGUUCUUUUACCUGAUGACCUUCGCCGUUCGGUUUGAUCCGGUGAAUGUGCCCUACGUUCAUGCGGCCUACUCAACCAUAAUCUGCUAUUGGUACAUCCGCAGUCUCAAGCUUAUUGGCGUUAACAAGUACUUCGGACCCUACGUCAUGAUGAUUGGGCAGAUGAUUGAAAACAUGAUCUACUUUAUUGUCCUUCUGUUGGUGGUUCUGAUGGCGUUUGGAGUGUGCCGCCAGAGCAUCUUAUAUCCUAAUGAAGAAUUCCAUUGGCGACUGGUCCGACACAUAUUUUAUCAACCAUACUUUAUGCUUUACGGAGAAGUGUUCGCUCCUGAUAUCGAACCCGAGUGCAAUGAAGAUUGCCUCGAGUACGGUGAGUGCGGAACAGCCAUUGAUGGAUCCCUGCUGGUUCCUUGCCACACUGGACGAUGGAUUACUCCCAUCAUAAUGACCGUGUACCUCUUGGUGGCCAAUAUUUUGCUCAUCAAUCUCCUCAUUGCAUCUUUCAACACGAUUUACAACAAAGUAAGCGCCAUGUCUCAACAGCUCUUCAACUUUCAAAGAUUCGCCAUUGUCAUGGAGUAUGAGGAGAAACCCAUUCUACCGGCGCCAUUUAUUUUGAUCUCCCACUUUCAUCUCCUGGGCAAAUACAUCUACAGACGAGCCAAAGGUCGGAACACUCGCUUCGAAACGGGCUUGAAGCUGUUUUUAAGUCGCUUUGACAUGGAGCGGUUGUAUGAUUUCGAGGAGGAAGGUGUGGAGGGACUCAUGCGAACCAAAGACGAAGAAGCUCAACAAAACCUUAGUACCAAGGUGCGAAAUUUGGUCGAAAUGGCGGAUGACAUCAAGUUCAAGACUGACGACAUCCAUCGCUGGCGAGGUGACAUGCAGGACUCUUCGGCCAACAUUGACUUCCGACUGCAACGCCUGGAGGAGAUUGCCGAGCAGACCGCCAACCAGCUCACUGUCAUCCACAGGUUUAUGACCACGACGGACAUCAAUCCCGAUGAAUUUGAGUCCAAUGGCAGCUCACCAUCUCGACCAAGUUCUACCGUACCCGGGGAGCGCCAACCCGGCAUCCUUGAAUUAAAAGGCAUCGGCGAACGCUCAAAGUCUAUGUCCAAGUCUGAAAGGGGUGAUGUAUCUCCCAUGGACGAGCAUCAUAUUGAUCGGCAAGAUACCAUGGAAAGUGAACCCUUGGAAUACGCUGACAUGACGCCCAAAGACGAACUCAAGGCCAUUGAGAAGACAGCCAAGGCAAUGAUAGAUCAGCCUCCUCCUCGACCUCAAGAAAGUCCCACCAGGAAAUCCAGCAUCAUCAGUGGGCGUCGGGUCAAACUCAGACAUCUUUCCAGUGGUGCGAGCUCAAUUGAUGGUCAGAAGAUCGUUCGCGAGAACUCCUCGAAAAAGAAGCGACGCUCCCGAAGAAGAAAGGCCACAGAGUCCAGUGAAGAAGAUGCGGCUGCUGCUGGUCCCCGAAUACCCCUAAUCGGGUCCUUGGAUCAGCAGCAUGUGUCUGAAGAAGACGCUGAAGCUCUGGGCGUCAAGUCAAACCUAGUCUUGAACCCGGUGACUGAUGAAGAGUUCCUGGAUGAGGCCGAUGACCAACUCUUGGGAGACUUGGCGUAUACCUCGCGUAGCCCGUUUCUUCGAAGCCAAAGCGAGGUUGUUCCAACCCUUUCCAGAUUGACCUCCGCCGAAGGUGCUCGAUCAAGUUGCAAUGAUGAGAGUGACGAAAACAAUUCCAUGAAGCGUUUUGGUAGAGCAUACAGCACAAAAUCCCGACGACGGGCAGUCAGUAAUCGAGAUUACACUUCAAUCACGGAUGAAUUGGAAUGUCUCAUUGCGGAAUCCCCCAAUCAAGAAACGAGUUCCAGUCCUCCUCCAGGAAUCAAGAUUGAAACAGAUAACUUGCGCGAUGCCGAGGAAGUCGACUACAUUCUAAUGGAAUCCUUGAUCAACCGGCGUCUUCGCCGGGACUCAACUAACCUCCAAGCCUCACUCGAGGACUUGGUGACGAAAUCCAUUCGUGACCCGGAUUCAAAGGUACCUUCCGUAGUUCCCAGUCCAGCAGAGGAACGUGCGGCGACCUCAUCCAAGCGAGAGGGCACUGUACGAAUCCGUUUGGGAUCGGACACGGACCAGGUGGAGGUGGAAUUUAUUGACGAGGUUGGCUCGGAGGCCAAACCAGAAAUGGUUCCGGACUCUCCAAGCUCACCAAAGGAUGGCGACGCCCAUUGUUAAACGAAAACAGGCAAUGCUUCCAAGGCAACAUUCCAGUUCAAUCUUGGGCAGAGUCGCUUGAAUUGGAAGAAGUUGUAGAAUUGGAAACGAAUGAUUAGUGAAAUGAUUUUGAAUUAGUUGCUUAGAAUAGGUCAUUGCUUGCCAUGAGCUUUAUACAACUACGUAGAUUAAUGUAGCACAAAACCACGAAUUCCCCAAUUUCCAUUGACAUGUAAACCACCCCUCAAUCAAUUGUACAUUGUACAGAGUCUUCUGUUUGAUCCAAUGAAAUAAAAAAGACCGACACCCCUGUCUUUCAAAUUA